AAGUUUAGUGUAUUUGCUGGCUAGGCAACAGGUUGAGAGCUCGUUCGCUGUCGAGUGCAGGCAUCCGACAGCAAUGUCUUUUAAAGUUUGUCGUAGACGCUUCAGUUAGCAGAGUGUCACCGAUGGAUUCGGCAAAUAUUCUCUGCUUGGUGCUUCUUGGAUUACUGGGAUUUCCCUUCUCCGCACUAGGAGAAAACUGCACAAAGUACAUGCAGAUAUUCGAGAAUGGCACGGAGGUCAAUGCUUCUGGCUGCACUUUCUAUACGACAGGCAGCUGCAAAAAUGGGGCAAACAGUCUUCCAAAUGGUCUUAGUAAUGGAAGUUCUGUAGACAAGCCCAGAAACUUCACCACAGAAGUGUAUGUAGAUAACAAUUAUGCAUUUGAAGGCAAGGAAUACAUUGUCCCAGGAAUUAUCUUCAGAUGGAAUGUGCCUUUAAGUGCAUUGAGUCGAGAGAAUACCAGAGGAUAUUGGCUAGAACUGAAGGAAGUUCAAAGUGCAAAUGUGAUAUGCAGAGUCAUUGACUUAUCUGAAUACAAUCUGCUUCUUACUUCACAUUUUCAGCUGAAACUUUUUCCAAUAAGUAAGCCAUCACCAAUAUCCUACCUUGUCCAGCUUUACAGCUUACCACCACCAUCUCAGGAAGAGAUGACUCAGGGGCUGUAUGAGAGAGUUAUUGUAAAUCUUCCAAAACUAAUAGAAAAGAAUGGAACUAUACCAUCAGACCAAUGGACUACAUGGAUAAACAUAGAGAGAAACCCUGAAGGCAAUUCUGUGACGGUGAAAUUUGGAUUAGCAAAGGAUCCAUAUGUAUUUGAUCAAUAUAAAGUAAGGCUGUAUUCCUACAAUGACUCCAGAAAUGAUGCUGACACAAUGGUUUAUCAAACUCUAUCGAUGACAGUAGGUGAAUACACCUUUCUUAAUGUUCCUGCUGGGAUGUAUAAUGUGUCUGUAAGACCAGAUGAUCCAUAUUUUCAACAAUUUGGCAAAUGUCAAUGCUACAGUAGAGAUUCUUCUUUUGGAAAGUCAUGCACCUCAUGUACAACAUCAUGGUCAUCAUCGUUUGAUGUCAAAGGUUAUCUUCUUCCUACAUCCGUUUUAGAAUCAACAACAUCCAUUUUAGCAUCAACAACAUCCAUGCCCAAACCUACAUUUAUGUCUACAGCUUCUUCAUCAAAGCCAGAACCCACAACUCCUCCUGUAUCAUAUGCCUUCACAGGCUUGAUUGUAGGUGCUGUGUUGGGUGGAAUCUUCUUUGUCGUCAUUUUCGUUCUUCUAGGAUGCUGGCUGUGCAAUGAGCAAAGAAAGAAAAAGCAUAAAUAUUUUGACAGCUCUUCAAAGAAAAAUUGUGGGCCAGCUAUACCUUUGACAUUUCCAGAAACAGAUUUUAAACCAAAGGAUCCUCCUGCAAUACGGCUUAGGAAGGUGUUCUUGCUGGCAUCUGAUGAUCACGAGUACCACACACAGGCUGUUGAGAGAUUUGCUGACUUCCUGCGUGUACAUUGUCAGGUUGUUGUUAGCUUUGCACCACAGUGUCUCUCCGAGAUCCGCGCACAGAAUGCCUACUGCUGGCUGGCUGCUAAAAUUGAAGAAUCAGACAAUGUUCUUAUUGUGGUCUCAAAGGGAGCUAACUCUUUGUACCAAGCUUUCCAGAAAGGACUUACCUACAAAAGAGAAGAUUUUGGACCUGAAGGAGAUCUCUUUACUCCAGGCAUACAACAUAUUUGUGGAAUGAUUGCUCGCAAUGUAGAUGUCAGCAAAAUUCUGACGGUGCACUUUGAGUACACACCUUCUGACUGCUGCCUGCCCAUUGCAGCUUUGCCAUCAUCCAUGUACUUGCUUCCAAAACAUCUGUCAUCACUUCUCCAGCAAAUUCACAAGUUAAAUGGCAGAAAUGAGGAUUUAACAAAGGUGAAUCUACCUCUGCGGUGCAAUGUUACUGAGCUCAAGGAGGGUAGUCAAUGGAUAGAGGCAGUGCAGAAUGCCAAAGCGUUUGAGAAACAGCAUAUCAACUGGUUCUGUGGAAAGUUCAAGGCUUCUGAAGAAUAUCUGAAAUCCAACCCACCUUACCUCUCUCAAGAAUCUGGCUUCUAUUCGGAUGUUGGUAGCAUUCAUUCUAGAAAUUCUACAGGAUCUCUCUGCCAAGAUAUAUUUGUAUCUGACAUGAGCAAUUUCACAAAAGAUGACUUUAUAGAGCCAUCUGUGUAUAGCGUCUAUACAAUCAUUCCUGCCCAUGGCUACAACCAAGAUGAAGUGGAUGACAGGGCAUCAUGUCUGAGUGAGCAGAUGAAGAAGAUAAACCAACGCUAUGAAAACUUUCUUCAAGAAGAACAGACACAGUGUUUGAAGACUGCUGAAACAGAAUCGGUCAUGCACCAGCAAAUGCAUUUGCUAAAUGCAAUCAAUGAGGCAGCAUGGGGACAGGGGAUGGACAAUGUGUAUGAUGAAGCUGACAGUGUGAGUGUCAUUUCUGCACAGAGUGUAUGAAAUUUUUGGGUGGGCUGGGAAACUGGUGGUGAAGAACAUCAGCUCCUGGAAAACUUGCUAUGCACAUAUCUUUCUGUACCAAAUAAAGCUUCAUUACCUAAUGUAGAAAGCAAUAAGAAACAAGUACAUCUGACUGUAUCAUUCUUGUUCUAGAAUUGGCUUUAAUUGUCAUUACAUUUGCAAAAGAUUCUGAAUGUCAUGUUAUGCUGUCCCAAAUGUAUUGCUUUGGCUGUAAACAUGAACAUGGGGAUGCAUGCAUACCCACACACACACACAUGCAACUUACAUCUGCACACAUGCCUCACCAGGCUAUUUUUCACAUAGCUUUGCAUUUGCAUUUUAAACGUUUUUAGUGUGUGUAGUGGAUCAUUUAUAUAGAAAACAUCUUGCAAUUCCCACAUAUUUACUGCUACUACUGUGACACAUUUUGUGGAUUUUUUAAUUUACAAUCAUUUGUAUGAGGGAGGCAAUGCUGCUGCUUAGCACUUUCAAGAUGACGUUAAUCUCCUUGCAACAUACUUGUCUUUCAUUGAUUAUUCCUCUGCAAGUUUACAUGGACAUCUGUUUUAUGUAUGAAUAUAUGUGUUCUUACAAUAUAGGAAGUCACAAGGUACUGGUAUGUUAUUAACCAGAUAUCAGUUUCAUUCUUUUAUGGUGUUUACUUACAACAAAGAUGCUCAUGGGAUACCAUAUGUUUAUUACCUUAUUUUCUGUAUUUUUUUAACAUGUGACUGCAUUCCUUUCCAUCCAUUUCUUUUUCUUUUCUAGGUGACUUGCAAGUGCCUUGUAGCAUUUGAAAUAUAGUGCAUACAGUGCAUAAAUGAAAUAGUUGGGAUUCCAAAAUCUUGUUUUGCAUACACUAGGCAGCUAUAGAGAAUUGUGCAGCUGUCAGUCCUAAACAGUCGUUCCUUUCUGUACACCUUUCAUGUGAAACACAAAUGCAUUGUCUUGUUUAUAAUGCACACACUUUCUCUCUCUGUUUAAUAGGUGUAUCACACAUCCUGAUUGGUGUGCAGGCUAAAUUUAUUCAUUUUCAGAGAUAUGCUUAAACAUGGUGUAGGGGUCUCCAACUUACAGAUCUGACUUUCCAUAGAGUUUCAAGUCCAGAUGCAAAUAGUCAGCCUCUAGCUGUUUAGUGCAUCUCAAAUAAUAUUGCAAUCAUUACUCCCACAAUCAGAUCUUUCUUUUAUAUGAUUAGCAGCCUGCAAAAACGCAGUUUUCUUGAUGACUAAGUGAGGCAACUAUCUCAACAUGCAGUCCAAAAGCAAAAUAGCAUCCCACAAAAAAGCUUUUGUCAUGUUACUGUAGCAAAUGAAGGGGGAUUUUUGCACAAGAGUGAGUAUGGAUUCUGCAGCAGUUUAGACCAGAUUAUGUGGAGAAGGUUUAGAAAACAAGUUUGUUCACAAUUUCUUCUCUCAGGGAGCUCACACUGAUGAAGCACCAGCUACCACAAAAACAAUGCAUAUAUUUUACCUACAAAAAUGGUAGGUAAGUUUUUACAGCUGUGUGUACAAGAACCUAGCAGUAAUUCAAAGCAGAAAGAAACAAAGGAUAUAUUCUUCCAAGAUUAAGCAAGAUAUUAGAUGAAAUGGACAAUUUGUAAAAGAUCCCGAGUGAAGUUUUGCUGGUGCUAGAGUUGAUAUUAGUGUAAUGUUCACAGAGUUAUUGUAAAUAAGUAUAGGCUUAUUUCUGAGGAUGAGGAAAAAGAUAUUCAUAUACAAGUAUUUGUCUUUCUUAUAUCAGCAGUGAUAAAUGUUCGACUUCAGCAAUCUCAAAAUUUGUAUAUCAUAAAAUCUUUUUCUUUUAUGUUUGCAUUAUUUUUGAAAAUAAUGGUGCCAUUAAUUUAACCAGUAAUAGCUUUCUCUCUUACAUACAUGUCUUUGUGCAUACAUGUGCAUGCACAAACCUGUUCUUAUUCAAUCUUUCUUUUAAAAUUGCAUAAUUUUAUGUCUUGACUAAUUUUUCAUGUGUUGUUUUUUUGUUUAGCCACCAUAUUGUUAAUCAGAGUUACGUAUGUGUCUUGUUUAGUACCAAGUGUCUUAAAUGAGUUUUUAAUGCUGCUGACUUUCCAGCUUAACUGGCUUUAGAAAUAAAGAAUUUUUUUUAUCUUUCACGAAUAUCCUACACAAACAAGAACAGGUAUUUAUUCAUAAACAAAUACAGAUAUAAAUAUUACAAAUAUUAAUAAAAUAGAUGCUUUUCAACUUUUUCCAUGAACUAUUAUAGGAGAGAACAAAGUUUAACUUUUCUGUACGUCCAACUAAUGUAAGGUGACCAGACGUCCCGCUUUAGGCGGGACAGUCCCGCUUUUGACCUCUUGUCCCGCCUGCUCAUCAUCAGGACGCCCAAUGUCCCGCUUUCUGGCUUUCUAGCAAGUCCAUCAAAUGUCCCAGUUGUCUUUAAAACUCACUUUUUUUCGACAUUCUUUGACGGUGACGACACCAUCAUCGGCACGUGUCCCGCUUUCGCCUCCGAAACGUCUGGUCACCUUAUGUAAAUGAACUUUUGGAGCACAUAGUUUUAUCAUCUACAGAGGAGGGUUUGCAUAUUCUAAAAAUGGCCAACAAGUAAAUGUCUAAUGAGGAGAGCAGGGCAUAAUAGAACAGGUAUUAUCAUGCCAUUCUAUUUUUUUUCUUUGCCUCAACAGAGAUCCAAAGUAUAUGCAAGUAAUACCUCAUGAAUGUCGAUCUUGAAAGCAUGUGUAUUAUUGCAACACAGCAUAUUACUGUUUUAUUGUGUUUUUGCCAUACUGAUGUAGCCAUAAAGUGUCUUUUUGUCUACCGAGGACUUUACUGAUUUAUUUUUAUUUUCAUCUCAUAGCUGACAUAUUUACUGUCUAUACUGGCUGGAAAUCCAUUGAAAUAGUAGCACAAACAUUUCCAUGUAUUGAUCAGAUUUUUUUUAAACAGUUAUUUAGUGAUCAAAAGCAUUAAAUCAUAGAGAGGCAUUGUUUGUUAAGAUAUUUGGCCUGUGCUAAAAAUACUGGCCAGUCAGAAUUAUUUUUCUAUACACUAUAUCCUGUUAUGUUUGAAAUAAAAUAUUCAGACAUUAUUUUAAAAAGUU